GGGGGAAGAGCCCGCCUCCUAUCCCAUAAGGCCCCGGUCCGGAAACCUCACUGCCUCUUCCUGUUUCUCAUCAUGGCGCAGGAUCAAGGCGAGAAGGAGAACCCCAUGCGCGAACUGCGCAUCCGCAAGCUCUGCCUCAACAUCUGCGUGGGGGAAAGUGGAGACAGACUGACCCGGGCAGCCAAGGUCCUGGAGCAGCUCACGGGCCAGACCCCCGUGUUCUCCAAAGCCAGGUACACCGUCAGAUCCUUCGGCAUCAGGAGAAAUGAAAAGAUUGCUGUGCACUGCACCGUCCGUGGGGCUAAGGCAGAAGAGAUCCUGGAGAAAGGUCUGAAGGUGCGAGAAUAUGAGUUACGAAAAAAUAACUUCUCAGACACUGGAAACUUUGGUUUCGGGAUCCAGGAACACAUCGAUCUGGGGAUCAAAUAUGACCCGAGCAUCGGUAUCUAUGGCCUGGACUUCUACGUGGUGCUGGGUAGGCCAGGUUUCAGCAUCGCAGACAAGAAACGCAGGACAGGCUGCAUUGGGGCCAAACACAGGAUCAGCAAAGAGGAGGCCAUGCGCUGGUUCCAGCAGAAGUAUGAUGGGAUCAUCCUUCCUGGCAAAUAAAUUCCUGUUUCUAUCCAAAAGAUCAAUAAAAUGGCUUCAGUAAAAUGUA